UCAAAAGUUAAUAUAGGAAUUCAUUUAAGAGAAAGAAAGACAACUUGGGAUAUGAUAACACCCCCAGAACAUUACUGUAAUGUAGUGAAAAUGUUGUUAUUGGCAAUGCAAAACAUGAAUAUAACUGUCUUUGUUGCUGCAGAUAAUAAUAAUGGUCGUAAAAAAUUAGUAAAUUUGCUUCGCGAAAUGGAUACUUAUAAUAACAAUACUGUUAAUAUAGUUCAUACUGAUGAUGAUAUGGAUGCACUAAACCCUGUUAGUGGGAGAACUGGUAACACUGGCUCGGAAGUAGUUGCUCUUAUAGAUAUGCAGUUGCUUAGUUUAUGUGAUGACUUGGUGAUUACAUAUGGUUCAUCAUUCGGUUUUAUCGCAGCAGGAUGGUCGCCAAAAGCGUAUCAUCGAAGGGGUCCAUUGGUCAUAAUGCCAAUAACAAACUCGAGCGAUGAUUUUCAAGAUGUAGAUAAAGUUUGGGUGUACGGUGCUGUAUCAAACGAGCCUUGUAUGUUCCUAAGCAAGUGGGUAAUUGCUAACGAAGAUGAGGAAACCAGUAGUGCUUUUAAGUCCAAUCCGUUAUGGAUGCAUUAUAGUCAAUGUCAUGCACCGACAUUUUAG